AUGACAGAGUGUCAAGCACUGUUGUCUAUGACACGGAUAUUUUUAUGUUUAUCUUUAGCAAUAUAUCCUCACUUUGCACAACCAAAUGAAGCUUCUAAUCGCCUUUAUAGUACACUUCAAAAAAAUUACAACAAAAUGAUUCGAGGAGAGCGAGAUAUGAGAAAAAUAACGAAGUUGUAUUUUACGUUUAAUCUGAUUCGAAUUACAGAAUUUGAUGAAUUAGAUGGAAGAUUAUCACUUGUAGGUUUCUUUGCCUUAUUCUGGAUAGACGGCAGGAUGAAAUGGACACCAGCACAAUAUAAUAAUACAAACACUAUUAUCUUUAAUGAAAAGGAUGUAUGGAGACCCCUCAUUUUUUUAGCCUCUCCCCAAAAAGAAUUCAAAAGACUUGGAAAUAACAAUUUCUUUAUAAGAUACAAUGCCAGUGGUCGGGCAGAAUGGUAUCCAGGGGAUAUUUGGGCGUCAUCAUGCACACCGGAUGUCUACAAAUACCCUUAUGAUACACAGUCUUGCUUGGUGUCCUUUGCCGUAUGGGGCUAUAGUUCGGCUGAAGUCAUGCUGAAAUCCCUAGAUAAUAAAGUUCGUCUGCACGUAUACUCUCCUCAUGGCACAUGGGAUUUGAUUGACACCUUGGUAUUGUCCAACGUAGACACAAGAGGAUUGGUUUUAAUGAAUAUUACUUUAGUUAUGGAAAGGAUUUCCACCUUUCACAUGAUUAACAUGAUUCUUCCUAUUGUGUUUGUUGGAUUGCUCAAUAUCCUUGUCUUCCUUCUUCCUGCUCAGUCCGGAGAAAGAGUCGGUUAUUCUAUCACCGUGUUACUUGCAAUUGCAGUUUUUCAAACAAUUGCGUCUGACAAUCUGCCAAGUGUUUCUAAACCUAAACUUUCAUUGCUUUGCAUCAAACUGUUAGCAGACCUAAUUCUGAGUGCUCUGGUGAUGACGUUGACAAUAAUAACGUUAUAUUUUUAUCACAUGCCAGAAUCUCGCAGAGUUCCCUCGUGUAUUGCAGCUAUAACAAGAUUUGUAUUGUGCAGAACAUGUAGAAACAAGGCUAAUGACACUACCAAAGACAAGUACGAUGAAUACAUAAUCGGAAAUGGGUUCGGCGUAACAGAAUCGGUGUCAGAUAGUGGACAUCAUCAGACCGAGGUCACGUGGACAGAUGUUGGUAAAAGCAGCGAUGUAGUUUUCACCGCGUUUUCUAUCUUGACGUUUUUGGGUUCAAAUGUCUUAUUUAUGGUGUAUAUUGCUUUUUAG